AUGGCCAACUCCUCCAGCCAUCUUAUCGCUGCUCAAAUUUUCAUGGGCGUGGGAGGCAGCUGUCAGUGGAGUAUGGUGAAGGGCUACAUUGCGUCAGAGCUUCCGCACAGCCAGCGGGCACUCCUGGUUGUGGGACUAAGAGCUCAGAUGACAUUGCUGACGCUUGGAAGCUUCCUGUAUCCUGUGCUUGACUCGAGCCUGCAGCUGGUUGGCUUUACAGACAAGCUACUGCGCUAUAGGGCUGAGGUCGGGACCUGCGCGCUCUUCUGCUGGAUUGGAAUUGUGGUUCUUGUCGCAGGCUGCUCCAAGUUUAGCAGACAACCUGAGCAGUCAAAGCAACUGCCACAGCUUGAGAAGAUGAGUGGAAAUGCAAGUCGAUGCAGUGCCAAUUUUCUCGUGGCAGCUGUUACUCUGAGUAUAGUUUCCUGUUGCCAGUCAAUUUGCCGGACCUUAUGGCCCAUUUAUAUCAAGUUCCAUUUUGGGUGGGAGGCAAGAUCGUAUUCCUUCUUGUCCUCCACAAAUAUGCUGCUUUUCAGCGUCGCUUUGGCAAUGUACCCGAGCUGGACGCAGAGGAUUUCACAGCGAAGGGCGCUGCAAGCUUUGGCAUGGCUCAGCCUCUUCUCGCUGGUCGGGUUCGGCGUUGGUGCGAGACAGCCUUCACUGGGCCUUGCGCAGAUUCUGCAUGUGUUGCUCAGCGUGCCCUGCUUGGUCUUCAUCGGGGUCUUGAC